AACGGGAGGUGGGGAUGGGGUGGAAUAGGGUGCGUUCCGGACGGAAGUGCUCAGAAACAGUUGUGGCAGUUUACAGCCUCCCUGCUUAGCUCCAGACACCAAGGGCAUCCUAGUCUUUGGUGCUGCAUCAUGAUCUGACUCUUUUCACCCUUUGCUCAGGCAGGGACAGUUCUGGGUCCCCAGCAUACAGACAGUACUGUGGCUGCUUACUCCACGGUACCUUCUUGUUCGGCCCCACGCAGAGAUGUAUGCACCGGUCCGCAGAGAGCAGGAGCUUUGGGGAAACCCUGGGUUCCAUACUCAGCAAUGAAAAAUCAUCGUUUUAAUUUUUACAUGAGACCGUUUCAGGCAGUGAUGUUAUUGCAUCAACAGAGCUCGUGUUGUAACAACAUUGAGGAAUGAGGUCUCAAACCAAAAGAUGGGUGUUAGAGAUUUUAUUGGAAAUAAUGACAAGAAUAGCUCCAGAAUUUACAGAAGGGUCCCGAGUGAGGGGCCCCGUGACCUCUCUAUCCAGAGUUAAUUAUAGGGGCUGUCUAUUAAACCCGCACUGAGAAAUGCAUUGAACUGGGGAAAUUUAGGAAUAUUAAAUCACCAAGCACAGCCUGGAUAACUGAGCAAGACCUUUUUGCAAUGUGAAGAAAUAUAUCUGUGAUUAUUUAGGAGCCAGUUUCCUUGGAGGAUGUUGCUGUGAAUUUCACCAUGGAGGAGUGGGCUUUGCUGAAUUCAUCCCAAAAGAAGCUCUACAGAGAUGUGAUGUGGGAAACAUUUAUGAAUAUGAGUGCUAUAGGAAAGACCUGGGACAACCAGCAAAUUGAAGAAGAAUACAAAAAUUGCUCAAGAAAUCUAAGUAAUGAAGAGGUAACAAAAUGGUAUCAAUAUAAAUACUGGAGUCAAUAUGGAAACAUACUCCUUUGGUCUCCAGAUGCUAAUGUGGACAUGCAACAAGCUUCUUUAAAACUAGCUGAAAGCCUUACUUGUAGAAGGCCCCUGAUUGGGCAUUUAUCACAAAAUGUGCCCAUUUUACCUCACAUUAGCCUGAAGACAGAUGAGUAUUUGGGAUUGGAUGAUAAGCUGAGUAAAUGUAAUGAAUAUGGACAAACCUACAGUGAUUUCCUAUCGUUUCUGAAGCAUGCAAUGACAAAGACUGGAGAGAAGUCCUAUCAAUAUAAGCAAUGUGGGAAAACCUACUCUGAACAUAGUGAAAGAACUCACCCUGGAGAGAAGACCAUUGUAGGUAAGAAAAGUGUGAAAUUCUCCAGGACUCCCAGUGGUAUUCAGAUCCAUGAAAGUAUUUAUACUGGUAAGAAACCAUAUGUAUGCAAGCAAUGUGGGAGAACUUUCAAUACUCAAAGUUGUUGUAAAAUUCAUGAAAGAUUUCACAUGGAGGAGAAACCCUAUGUAUGUAAGCAGUGUGGAAAGGGAUUUAUUGAUAAGCCUACAUUUCAUAACCAUAGACGAACACACACUGGUGGAAAACCCUAUGUAUGUAAGCAGUGUGGGAAAGCAUUCAGCUCACACAGUAACUGUCAAAGACAUAAAAGAAUUCACACUGGGGAGAAGCCAUAUAUAUGUAAGCAUUGUGGAAAAGCAUUUACUACAAAGUAUUAUUAUAACAUACAUGAAAAGAUUCACACAGGAGAAAAACCUUAUGUGUGCAAGCAAUGUGGGAAAGCAUUCACUAUGCAGAUUACCUGCAAAAUACAUGAAAGAAUUCACUUUGGGGAGAAACCCUAUGCAUGUAAGCAAUGUGGGAAGGCAUUCAGCACACAGACUCACUGUAAAAUACAUGAAAGAAUUCACACUGGGGAGAAACCCUAUGUAUGUAAGCAGUGUGGAAAAGCAUUCCGUGUACACAUUACCUGUCAACGCCAUGAAAGAAUUCACACUGGGGAGAAAUCAUAUGUAUGUAAGGAAUGUGGGAAAGCAUUCAGUAGACACAGUCACUGCCAAAGACAUGAAAGAACUCACACUGGGGAGAAACCUUAUGUAUGUAAACAAUGUGGAAAAGCGUUCACUACACACCGUAUUUGUCAAAUUCAUGAAAGAACUCACACUGGGGUGAAACCAUAUGUGUGCAAGGAAUGUGGAAAAACAUUCACUACAAAGAGUUCUUAUAACAUACAUGAAAAAAGUCACACAGGGGAGAAACCUUAUGUAUGCAAGCAAUGUGGAAAAGCAUUUCCUACAAAGAGUUCUUAUAACAUACACGAUAAAAUUCACACAGGGGAAAAACCUUAUAAUUGCAAGCAGUGUGGAAAGGCAUUCCCUACAUCCAAGGAUCGUCAUAGACAUGAAAAAAUUCAUAGUGGAGAGAAACCUUAUAUGUGCAAACAGUGUGGAAAAGAAUUCACUACACAUCAAUAUUGUCAAAGACAUGAAAGAACUCACAGUGGGGAAAAACCUUUUGUGUGCAAGGAAUGUGGAAAAGCAUUCACUACACACCAUUAUUGUCAGAUACAUGAAAGAACUCACACUGGGGAGAAACCUUAUGUGUGCAAGGAAUGUGGAAAAGCAUUCACUACACACCAAUAUUGUCAAAUACAUGAAAGAACUCACACAGGGGAGAAGCCUUAUGUGUGCAAGCAGUGUGGAAAAGCAUUCACUAGAAAGAGUUCUUAUAACAUACAUGAAAAACUUCACACUGGAGAGAAACCUUAUGUGUGCAAACAAUGUGGGAAGGCAUUCACUACUCAUGAAUAUUGUCAAAGACAUGAAAGAACUCACACAGGGGAGAAACCAUAUGUGUGCAAGCAGUGUGGAAAAGCAUUCACUACAAAAAGUUCUUACAAUAUACAUGAAAGAACUCACACUGGGGAGAAACCUUAUGUGUGCAAGGAAUGUGGAAAAGCAUUUACUACACAACAGUCCUGUCAAAUACAUGAAAGAACUCACACUGGGGAGAAGCCUUAUAUGUGUAAGCAAUGUGGAAAAGCAUUCACUAGAAAGAGUUCUUAUAACAUACAUGAAAAAAGUCACACAGGGGAAAAACCUUAUGUGUGCAAGCAAUGUGGGAAGGCAUUCACUACUCAUGAAUAUUGUCAGAGACAUGAAAAAACUCACACUGGGGAGAAACCUUAUGUAUGCAAGAAAUGUGGAAAAGCAUUCACUACAAAGAGUUCUUAUUACAUACAUGAAAGAACUCACACUGGGGAGAAACCUUAUGUGUGCAAACAAUGUGGAAAAGCAUUUUCUACAAAGAGUUAUUAUAACAUACAUGGAAAAACUCACACUGGGGAGAAACCUUAUGUGUGCAAGGAAUGUGGAAAAGCAUUCACUACAAAGGGUUCUUAUAAUAUACAUGAAAAAUGUCACACAGGGGAGAAACCUUAUGUGUGCAAACAAUGUGGGAAGGCAUUCACUAUACAUCAAUAUUGUCAAAGACAUGAAAGGACUCACACAGGUGAAAAGCCCUAUGUAUGUAAGCCAUGUGGCAAAAGAUUUGCUAGUAAGUCCUCAUUUUAUAUACAUAGAUCUCAUACUGGGAGGAACACUUUGUAUAUAAGCAAUGCUGGGAAAGCAUUCAGUGAACACAGUUUUUUAUCAGCUACAUGCAAUAAGUUACACUUGGGAGAAAACCUAUAUGUGUAAGUCUAAUUUGAGAACCUUGUGAAAUUUCCUCAUGUAGUGUAGGCCUGUAGAAAGUAAAUGAAAAACUUGAUGUCAAUACUUCCUUAUAAAUUUUCCAGAAAAUACACUCCCAGAUGGAGAUACCCUUCCUUCUAUGUUUUCAGUAAAUCACUUGUAAAUAUCUGAACUAUGUAUCCUAGUUUUUGUUAUAAAAAUACUUAUAUAAUGUAUUUUUGUGAAAGCCGUUGUCUUUGAACUUAAUAUGCAAUAUCUUCUAAUUAAACAAGAGGAAUUCAAAUGUAUUUCUCACUUCCAAGUAGGGUUAGUAUUUAUGUAGUAUUGAUUUUGUUUUAUUUUUACUAUUGGGAGGAAAAGCCCACUAAAAAAUAAAUUUUAUUUUUUGUUAAUUGAUGGGAUUUCCCAGUAGCUUUGAUUUUAAUUUUCUUGGUGUAUAUACUUCAUAUGCUGUGUUUAAAAAGAUAAUGUUGAAUUUGAUAUGUGUAUAUAUAUGUAUAUUUAAAGAUAUGUGAAGAUGAGUUUUUAAAAAGUUCAGUUGUUUUCACACAACUUGUAGAUUAGCACAUAUUUUGUUUGUCAUAUCCUAGCAAGGUACCUGGUUAUUCCAACAUAAUUAUAUUAUAUCAAGUAUGUAAUUUUGUCUAUUUUGCUUUCAUGUCAUUCUCAGCAUUAUGAUUUACAUAAAAUUUUGUUUUCU